AAAGGAAAAGAAUUGAUUCUACAGAGCUACACAAUUUGUUGCCAUUGAUUUUCGUUUAACGUUCAUUUUUUUCGUUUUCAAGUCACAUCGAUCGAUCGUAAAGAAAAAGUUCUUCAUUAUUUUUUUGUUUUAUUUUAUUUUUUUUGCACAUUAUUUUUUUCUUCUCGACCAAACUGAAAAGUACCGUAAUUGAGCCCAUGACCGCUAUAGUUCACAGAGUGUUUUCAUUUUCAACCAACGAAUAUACCAAACGAUAAAAAUUACCAUACAUUCGAAAAAAAAAAAACAAUUUCACAAGAACAAAACUAUAAACGAACAGUGAACUGAAAUAGAGAGAGUGUUUGAAAAUAUCAACCCAUUGAAGAACCACCGCAUGGUCUUGUUUGCAUUAUUUUCUCUCUCUCAUAUAUAUAUAUAUUUAUAAACUAGUGAUUCAGCGUAAUUUAAAACGUAUCGUCGCACUUUGUUCCAAAAAUUUCGUUCAUCAUCAUUAAGAAUUGCUGUUUGUGAGGAACUUUUCCACACCCAAUAGGCGAUAUUAGUGGUUUUUCACUUGAAAACAACAGAAGAAAAUACAGUUACGGGGCGAAUUAAACGCAGUUACUAACCGCAGUAUUAUAAAACUAUAUAAAAACCCAAACACACACACGCACAUAUUAAAAAAAAGAGAGACAUUCAUAAGCCAGAAAAGACAAGAGAAAAUUUGUCGUGCGCGUGGUGAAUAAAUUUUUUUUUACAUUGUCGACCGUUUCGAUUACGAUCGAAUGUGAGCGGACAUCGUUUUCGAGCUGCCCACAAUCGACGAACGUGCUGCAUAAAAUUAAAGGAUCACCCUACAAUCAUCGCAACCAUCCACAUUUCAUGCUCUGAUGAUUGUUUGCGUUUUUUUACAUAAUUUAACAUAAUUUCACUCGGCUCGUUAUUUUAUGAACAUUAACUCUGUCUCAUAGAGAAAACGCAUUUGCAAAAAAAAAAAAAAUAACAAAAAUUGCCCAUCAGUUUUUUCAACGCAAACGGUAUACAAAAGUCUAUCACAAUGGAUCUGAUGUGCAACGAAAAGGAAAUGUUCAAAGAUCAACAUCAAAUCGACAAUCAAAUGCAACACAUCAUGCAUAUUGAACCACAAGUCAACACAGCAUCGGCAGAUCCAACCUUCUUGUCGGAACGAUGCCUGGAAAAUUUGCUCAAAUCAGAAGAAACGCAUCCAGUGCUGAAUUUCUACAACAAUCCACAAUGCGAAAUAAAACCGGAAAUGAGACGCAUCGUCGCUGAAUGGAUGAUGGAGGUUUGCGAAGAGAACCGAUGCCAGGAAGAAGUGUUCAUAUUGGCUUUGAAUUAUAUGGAUCGAUUUUUAGCAUUAACACCCGUACCACGUACACAACUACAAAUUUUAGCCGCUGCAUGCCUUUUACUUGCAUCUAAACUACGCGAACCAAGCGUUCGGGGACUACCAGCCGACCUAUUAGUAUUUUACACAGAUAACAGUAUCACAAGAAGAGAAUUAAUUCAAUGGGAAUUGAUUGUAUUGAACAAGUUGAAAUGGAAUAUUUCAUCGGUGACUCCAUUGGAUUUCUUAGAGCAUUUAUUAGUACGUUUACCCAUCAAUAAACAGCAUACAGAUGUCAGUAAAAUCAAAAAGCAUGCUCAGGCCUUCAUCUCAUUGGCAGCCAGAGAACACAAUUUCUCAAUAUAUUCAGCAAGCACGACAGCAGCUUCAAGUAUAGCAGCAUCAUUGUAUGGCAUGAACUGGCACAGAAAAUCAGGCAUUUCAAUCAGUUCAUUGCUUGAUAUGCUAAAGGAUCUUACGGGAGUGGAAAAGGAGUACCUUGAAACGUGUAUGAACAAAUUGGAGAAUUUGUUCGAGCAACAUCAGCGAUUGUGUUAUUCAGUGAAUAUCACCGCACAGAAUAUACCACAAAAUAAUAACAACAGUUCAGGCACCGGGACAACAUUGGCCGGUACCAGUGGUACAACAACAAAUAGUGCCAGCAAUUCAAAUAGCCUGGAUAUAACACCGACCAAACAACCAAAUAUCGAGAUCACCUCAAAAUCACAGUCAGGUACCCCAACGGAUGUUCAAGAUGUCACGUUUUAGUCACUCCAAAAACACCGAAGAAUUCAAAAACAAAAACAUAACAAAAAAAAAACGAAAAAAAAACGUAGCUUUUAAUCAUUUAGAAUAUGUAUUAAACUCCAUUUAUUAUUAUCUUUAAUUUUUCUCUCGAUCACAUUCAUUUUCCUUCUUCGCCAAGGAAAUCGAUCAUUGUAAAUAACUAUUGCAGGUUUCAUAGAAAUGAUACUAUUAUGAAGAAAGAAAAAACACAAUUAUAUCGGGCGCAAACAACAAAAAAUGCAUUUAAAAUGUACGCGCACCAAAUGUACAUUGUUUGAAAAAAAAAAAAGUGCAUACAGUUUGCAUUGUAUUGGGUUGUCUUGAAAUUCGCCCGAAUUUUCAAUUACCACGUUUUUAGUCAAAUUAAUGAUUAAUUUAAACCAAUUCACCCGAAAAUAUUUGGUUGAACACACACACCAAAUAAAAUUCCAAUUCAAAUAAAACGUUUUACACAUGCAAUUUUGUAUAAAUCAUUUUCAAUGCGCACCCGUGUCCAUGCCGGCGCGCGCACACAUAGCAAACAUAAACCAGUGAAAUAAAAUUGUCGAAAACGUUGAAAUAAGUACAUUGACGGCAAAACAAAUAAUUUAGCAUGCCACACGAAUUAUAGUAGUCCGGCACACGACGAUCGUUGCAUAAAUUACACGCUUCAAAACAAAGACCAGACAAAUAUUAUAAUUUUGUGCGCGGUUGAUGGUAGUGGUGGACAGAUACAACUAGAUCGGUACCCACGUUCAUACAUAAUAAACGCAUAUAAAUUAAGCGUAAUGACCAUUUUACGAUCGGUACGUCCAUUGUUUUGAUGAGGCCGAGCAAAUGUAUUGUUUCCCCUUUAAAUAAAUAUAUCGCAUAUUUAUUCAUUAA